AUGUGCCCUGUCUAUCUAGAUUAUCUAGAUUACAGAAUAUCUAGAUUGCUUUGUGCUGACUUUAAAUUCCCUGGCUCCAAACAUAGAAAGAUAGCAUUUGUUACACAGGCAUGAAUUGCUUGAGUAGUCUCCGCUAGCGUCAGUUUCCUUUCUGUAGUCUCUCUUGGUAUUGUGUGCAUAAACACCCGGAGGAGAGCCAAUUCAAGCUGAAGUGCGAACCCUGGCACUCAUAGGAUUUUGAUCAACAGAAUCUUUUGUUUUUUCAUAUCUUUUGAAAAUGCAACACCCUUGUUACUUUGCAUCUUCCAUUUCUCAAUUAACUUGAUGAACUGAGCUUCAAUUGCACUAGACUUGGCAGAAUCAAUGAUGUUUUUUCUUUGAUUCUUUAUCUAUGUAGCCAAAAUGAAGCUGAUGAUAUCGUUUUUGAUGGUACCUUUAAUGUCCUGUUCAGCCAGUUUAGACUCAAUGUUAUUGCGCAUGUCACAAACCAAGUGGUAAACAGCUCCAAAAACUGAUUGCAAAGCUUUGUGUACAUUCACUUCUCAUCAGUACCAAAACAUUGUAGAUGCAAAAAAUCUUCUGGGAACCAGAAAAUGCUAGAUAGCAAUUGAAAAUAUGAAUCAAAGCCUUUUUUGCAAUGUAGAAGCACUGGUCAAAACAUGACAGGGUGCACACAUCUGUUGAUAUGCAACAUGAGUUGUCUGUAUGUAGACACAGUCAAAUAAAAAUUCCCAAUGUCAUAAGUCGUUUUUUUCCCAUUAAUAACAAAAUUAUGUUUAAACAAAAAUUUCCAGUUCUAAUUUCUGGUCUUCUCAAUCCUGUUGAAAUUUUGCACCUGGACUACUUUUUCCGCAAACUAUUCCAGGUAGUGAUGAAUCUUUCUGUUAGAAAAAUUGCUUUGAAAGUUUAAUUGUACUAGUUUCAAUUAAUCUCAGCGUGUGUUGUGAAAUUCUCUUUGACCUAUGCUGAAUAACUUAGCAGUUCCAACAUCAUCCCAUUUAAAUAUUUGAAUACUUGAAUCAUAUCUCCACUUUAGCGACAAAAUGCUUAAGUUGGUAAAUUGACAGCCUUAAAGAAUGCAUGUCAUCCAUCAGCCUUUGCAGCCCAAACAAGCGCGGCUCCUGUUUGCAUUUCUCAAUCAUUUCGCACCAAAGCUGUGCAGCCUCAAUUUACUACUAAGAUUAGCACCGUGUGUGUGAAGAAUGAAGCAAAGAAUUAAUAUUUAUGGAUCACCCAUCGUUGGGUCGUCAAUUUCAGAGGAGAUCAGCAGCUCUCAAACAUUUUCAAAUAGUGGGCUAUCAGCGACUGUGCCCGAUCUUGCUGAACUUAGGAUGUCAAGCAUCUAUGAUAACCUGUGUCUGUGCCACCACGUGUUACCACAAAAGUGGCAAAAAGGAAGGAUGCCCAUGCAAGGAUGCAUCAAAGCUUUGCAAUGAGAAAUACUUUUGCAGAGUGAAGAGGAAGUGAAAUAUUGUAAAAAGCAGAGGAUGGCCAAUAAAUGAUGCAACGUAAAUCGGUUAAAUCUUUCCUUCUUUUCUAAAAUCGUCCCGGCAGCUACAUAACUUGCAUACUAACAACAGCAUAAUAAUUAACGCGUGACAUCGGCAUAAUCUUUCUCAAGAACUAUCUCAGAGGUCUCUCAAAACUGAUAUAUCUCCUAUAAAUAUCUCAAAACGACUAAGAGCAAAACGAAGGCGACAAGAUCUUUCACAAGCAUCUUGCCCAUAAAACGGUGCAUGCCUAAACUGCUUUCUCUUGCUGCUACUUUUCCAUAAUUCUUACUGCCUAGGACGGGGUACGGGGCUCCUAUAUAUACUGAACUAAAAACAAUAGACAUACGUAAAUGAAACGGUAAAAAGAAUUAAUCUACUAAGUGACGAGCGGGGUAGGGUAGCGUGAUAUCCUUAAAUACUGGGUUGCUAUGGCGAUCUACUUAAAAUGCUGAUAAUUGACGUAGGUAUGAAGCUACUGAUAAUAAUACAAAGAUUACCCUAAUACACGUGAUAGGAAAAUGCGGAACAAGCAAGGAAAGUUACAGAUAAACAAGAGUGAUUAGGUAAGGAAAAUCAAACGAAUGGACUAGAGAAAAAGGCCUAAAAUUAGCAGUCUCACAAUGUCAUUGAGUGGUGUAAACAUGGAAAGGUAAACUUAUGUCCUGUCCACAUCAUAUCUUUAACAUGCCCCCUUAGUAACCCUGGUUUUAGCAUUUGGUCUAGACAAGAAAACUAGUAGGCAAAAUACUGGACACUGACGAAGCCCUGCAUGCAAGUCAAAAUAUUAGUAUUCGUUUAAUUUAAUUUAAGUUAUCUCGUAAAAAUUGGAUUCCCAUCGCCGUUUUGCUUUGUUUCUGAAUUUUUUCCUCAUAAAGAUACUGGACCCUAUGCCAUUUUGUCUUAUUUGAUUCUAUUAGACCAACCAAAAAUUAGUUGAGAAUAAAAAGUAGAGAAAGGUAAGAAAUUGUUUGCAAAUCAACAAGCAAGGAAAGUUACAGAUAAACAAGAGUGAUUAGGUGAGGAAAAUCAAACGAAUGCACUAGAGAGAAAGGCCUGAAAUUAGCAGUCUUACAAUGUCAUUAAGUGUUGUAAAAAUGGAAAGGUAAACUUAUGUCCUGUCCACAUCAUAUCUUUAACAUGCCCCCUUAGUAACCCUGGUUUUAGCAUUUGGUCUAGACAAGAAAACUAGUAGGCAAAAUACUGGACACUGAUGAAGCCCUGCAUGCAAGUCAAAAUAUUAGUAUUCGUUUAAUUUAAUUUAAGUUAUCUCGUAAAAAUUGGAUUCCCAUCGCCGUUUUGCUUUGAUUCUGAAUUUUAUCCUCAUAAAUGUAAUGUUUUGUUCAGCGAAAGGACGCUAGGACCCAGACCCUAGAUAUAUUGUUAUGUUUAGACAGCUCUAAAAAGUUACGUUCGAAGCACGCCGUAGUUUAAAUCAUCUACAAUCUGCCUAUUAGGCCGCAGCAAACAUAAAUAUAACAUUGGCGACGAGGAAAAGUAAUGUAACAUUUACAGUGAUCGGUAAAUCAUGGCUUCAGUUAACAUCGUUCCAAGCAUGCCGCCCUUCGACCGAGAUGCAGAGAUUGGUGCUUCGGUAGGCCCGAGAUGGAAAGUGUGGCUGCAAGAUUUUGAAACAUUUCUAGUAGCAAAUGAUAUCACUGACAAUAAACGUAAACGAGCUCUACUCCUCUAUCAAGCUGGCUCAAGAGUGAGGGAAAUAUUUCGCCAAUUAUCCGAUACAGGCGCUGCUGAUGCAUACCAAACUGCCGUAACCAAACUCACUGCCUACUUCGAGCCCCAAACGAACAGGCUUUAUGAAGUGUACAAAUUUAGGCAGGCCGUACAACAACCAAAUGAGACGUUGGAUCAAUUUCACGUUCAACUUCGUCAUUUGGCACAAACUUGUGAGUUUUCUGAUUCUUCACUUGAUUUUGAAAUACAGCUCCAAAUCGUAAUCAGAGGCAAAUCCACAAGUUUGCGUAAACAAGCUCUCAAAGAUCCUAAAUACACCCUUAAAGAUAUGUUACUAGACGGCCGCAGAGCGGAAAUUCAAACGGCAGAUAUCGAGGGUAAACAGUCAAGGGACAAUUUACAAGCUAUCAAACAGAAAAAGAGUUUCAGUAAACAACAAACUUCAGCACGAAAAUGUAGAAAUUGUGGUGGCAAUUAUCCACACAAAUCGAAGCCAUGCCCUGCAAAAGGUCAAAACUGUCAUCGCUGCGGGAAGCAAAAUCGCUAAGUUCUGUCUGAGCAAACAAGACACCCGCCAGUCUUCAUUUACCACGUCUAAAUCGAAAAUUAACCCGGUGUGCAAGUCAACGGAUUCCGACAGCGAAUCCAGCUCAUCAAACUAUUGUUAUGCAAUAGGGGGUUCAAGUCAAAAACCCUUAGAAACCCGGCUUAAAAUCAAAGGACAACGCAUCUCCUUCCUAGUGGACACUGGUGCGUCUAUCAAUAUCAUUGAUAAUGCAACUUUUAGUCAACUCAAGGGUAUUUCAUUACAACCCACAAACAUAAAAGCCUAUGCCUACAACUCGCAAACGCCCGUGAAAAUGAAGGGCAAAUUUGAAUCAUUGGUGGAAACAAAGAAACGUUAUGCCAUCGCAAAGUUCUAUGUCACGGAAGACAAUGGAGGCUGUUUACUUAACGCAUCAACGGCCCAAGACCUUGGCUUAAUUAGCUUGCAUUUAAACCAAGUUCACUCACCAACUGGAAACAUACAAAAUAAAGAUCUGAAUGAUAUCGUUAAUCAAUAUCCAGAUGUCUUCAAAGGCCUUGGUAAAAUGAAAGGAAAACAAAUUGACUUAGUAAUCGAUUCAAAAGUCAAACCAAUCGCACAAAAGUGCAGGAGGAGAAUUCCCUUUCAUCUUCGAAAGAAAGUGGAGAGCGAGAUUUCCAAACUAUUAGAUCAGGUCAUAAUUGAGCGCGUUCCGGAGAAUGAACAAACUGAUUGGGUUUCUCCUAUUGUUUGCGUACCAAAGAAAAAUGGGGAUAUCAGAAUAUGCAUUGAUAUGAGAGCUGCAAGCACAGCAGUUAAAAGAGUUUGUCAUCCUAUUCCAACUGUGAAGGAUAUUUCUAUCGAUCUCAAUGGUGCUACAGUGUUUUCAAAACUUGACUUGGCGCAAGCUUACCACCAGCUUGAACUUUGUCCAAGUAGUCGUCAGAUAACUACUUUUACAACUCAUAUUGGUUUAUUUCGAUGCAAAAGACUGAAUUUUGGAACUUCAAGUGCGAGUGAAAUUUUUCAGCACACAUUACAGCUUGCCCUUCAAGGACUUAAUGGCGUCAAAAACAUCGCCGAUGACAUCAUAAUUUUUGGAAAAGAUGUGAACGAACACAAUGAAAACCUAAAUGCAUGUUUAAGACGAUUGAAAGAACUUAACCUUACCUUGAACUUCGAAAAGUGUAAAUUUUUAAAAGAGAAUCUUGAAUUUUUUGGAUUUAUCUUUUCUAAAGAAGGAAAGCGCCCUGACCCGAAGAAAAUAGCAGCGUUUGUAAAUGCAGCCACGCUCACUACUUCAACAGAGGUACGCAGUCUAUUGGGUAUGUCAAACUAUUGCUCUCAAUUUAUACCCGAUUAUGCAACGGUUACAGAGCCAUUACGCAAUCUAACAAAGAAAAACGCUCAGUUUAAUUGGACAGAACGUUGUGAAGAGGCUUUCAACACGUUAAAAGAUCUUCUCACGUCGAGGCCUGUCGUCAGCUACUUUGACAUCGAAAAGGAAACUACAGUUAGUCCAGUCGGACUAUCAGCCAUUUUGUGGCAACGAAAGCCUGGAAGUGCGCAAGAAAAUAUUGUUGCUUUUGCAAGUAGAUCAUUAUCACCCGUCGAGCUACGCUACUCGCAAACAGAAAAGGAGGCACUCGCCAUAGUAUGGGGGAUUGAACACUAUCAUUUAUAUCUAUUUGGUUCCAAAUUCAUGUUAGUUACCGACCAUAAACCGUUGGAAAUUAUCUAUGCAAACCCUUGCUCCAAACCACCAGCGCGUAUCGAACGCUGGAUGCUGCGCUUACAACAAAACGACUUUGAAGUUGUGUAUAAAUCAGGGAUUGGAAACCCUGCCGAUUAUCUCUCACGUCAUCCAACUUCAGCUGAAUACAAGAAGCAAAAUAUAGCUGAUGAAUACAUCAAUUUCGUCACCCAAGAAGCUGUUUUUCCUGCUCUUUCUUUGGGUGAAAUCAAGGCUGCCACUGAUAAAGAUACAACAUUGCGGUGUCUACGAGCAGCUAUCAGGAGUAAUUGUUGGAACGGUGAUAUCUUACAACCCUUUCGCGCAAUAAAACAUGAGAUAUCUGUUGAUCUCACCAACAAUAUUCUGCUGAGGGGAACUAGAAUCAUUAUACCUGAGUCACUUCAAAGACACGUCAUCAAAAUCGCCCAUGAAGGACAUCAAGGUACAGCUAAAACCAAAGCACUUCUUCGCGAGUACGUGUGGUUCCCUAAGCUCGAAAACUUAGUUAAUGAAGAGAUAGCCGACUGUUUAGCAUGCCAAGCUACAGGUGCUCCAAAUGCACAAGAACCACUCAAGUCACCACCUUUGCCUGAAAGACCAUGGCAAGAACUUAAAGUUGACUUUUAUGGACCAUUGCCAACAGGACAGUAUCUGUUUGUCGUUAUUGAUACAUAUUCGCGAUUUCCAGAGGUCGAUAUUGUUCCAUCAACAUCAGCAAGUGCAAUCAUUCCAAAGCUGGAUGCUAUUUUUGCACGUCAUGGUAUGCCUGAUAAAUUGAAGUCUGAUAACGGCCCACCAUUUUUCGGAAAUGAAUUUCACCGGUAAAUGAAAGCAUUAGGUAUACGUCACACAACAUCUACGCCUUUAUGGCCACAAGAAAACUCUGAAGUGGAAUCUUUCAUGAAACCCCUUGGAAAGUCGAUUUGCACCGCCAUUCUUGAAAAACGACAAUGGCA